AUCGCGGCCGGGCGGGGCCGCCGCCGCGCAGGUCAGAGCGCGGCACGCCGAGGCAGCGAUCGGGGGCGGGGCCGGGGCCGGGCUGAGGCGGUGCCGCGACAACCAAAACAACGGCGCGGCCCGGCCCGGCAGCCCUUGCGCUCGCGCCUUGCUGCCACCUUCCCCACUGCCGCCGCCGCCGCCCGGCGGGGCCCGCUCGGGGUGCGAGGGGGGAGCGGAGACACCCCUCCAUCCCCCGGUGGCGCCGCCGCCGCGAUGAAGCUCCGCGUGAGGCUGCAGAAGCGAACGGCGGCCCUGGAGCUGCCGGGGGCGGAGCCAACGCUGGGGGAGCUGCGCGCGCAGCUGCGCGCGGCCCUGCUGCCCGCUUGGGGGUACAGUUCUGAUACCAAGUUUUCAAUAACAUUGAACAGAAAAGACGCUCUCACAGAGGAUCAGAAGACCUUAACUUCGUACGGGAUUGUUUCUGGUGAUUUGAUAUGCUUACUACUAGAAGAAGCAGAUGGGCAACCCAGCCUACCUCCUCCUCCUUCUGCUCCUACUCCUCCUCCUCCCCCACUUCAGAAUGGUCGUGAGCCGUCCACCUUGACCCCCAACAACAGUGAGGCAAACAGUCCAAAAGAAGAAGGGCAGAAUGAACAAUCUGACAACCAGAAAGCUCAGGGGGGAGUUCAAAAGAGUGAUGAGAGGGCAGGAUCCAGCCUAGAAUUUCCUUCUGGAUUAGUCCCAGAAGAUGUUGACCUGGAAGAAGGUACAGGCUCCUAUCCCUCGGAACCCAUGCUGUGCAGUGAAGCUGCUGAUGGUGAAAUACCCCAUUCCUUGGAGAUGCUCUACCUUUCUGCUGAGUGUACUAGUGCCACUGAUGCCUUGAUUGUUCUGGUUCAUCUGCUCAUGAUGGAGACAGGCUAUGUACCUCAGGGGACAGAAGCCAAGGCAGUCUCUAUGCCAGAGAAGUGGAGGGGGAAUGGUGUUUAUAAGCUACAGUACACACAUCCCCUUUGUGAGGAAGGUUCUGCUGGUUUGACUUGUGUGCCUCUGGGAGAUCUUGUUGCUAUUAAUGCAACAUUAAAAAUCAACAACGAGAUUAAAAGUGUUAAGAGGAUCCAGCUAUUGCCAGCAUCCUUUGUUUCCUUUCAGGACCCAGAGAAGGUUGCAGGUGUUUACAAAGACCUUCAGAAGUUAUCCCGUCUCUUUAAAGACCAGCUGGUUUACUCUCUCCUGGCUGCUGCCCGACAAGCUCUGAACUUGCCAGAUGUGUUUGGGUUAGUGGUCCUUCCUCUUGAGCUCAAGCUUCGGAUUUUCAGGCUUCUGGAUGUCCGUUCCCUCAUCUCUCUCUCUGCUGUUUGCCGUGAUCUUUACACAGCUUCAAAUGACCAGCUUCUGUGGAGGUUUAUGUAUCUGCGGGAUUUCCGAGAUCCUAUUGCAAGGCCUCGUGAUACAGACUGGAAAGAACUAUACAAGAAAAAGUUGAAACAGAAGAAGGAGGCCCUGAGAUGGAGGCACAUGAUGUUUCUACCCCCUAUACCUCAUCCAAUCCCCUUUCAUCCCAACCCAUUCUAUCCUAAUCCCUUUCCUCCCAACCCAUUCCCAUCAAACCCAAUCUAUCCCCCAAUGAUCAUUGGUGGAGAAUAUGAUGAGAGACCAACACUUCCCUAUGUUGGAGACCCAAUUAACUCACUCAUUCCUGGCCAGGGAGAAGCACCGGGUCAGUUUCCUCCAUUCAGGCCACACUUUGACCCCAUUGGUUCCUUGCCUGGAGCAAGCCCUACGCUUCCAGGACGAGCUGGUCCCAAUGACAGGUUUCCACCCAGACCCAGCCGGGGCCGCCCCAUGGACAUUCGCCGUGCGUUCAUUUGAUUGCGGCUUUUUCCUGCAGUGAGUUUUCUAGUCGCUGAGCUUGCUUCCUAACUGCAGGAGAUUGCAAAUCCCAGGCACUAACACCUGCCUUCUCUUCAGAUUGUGUCAGGAACAUGUGUGCAUGGUAUUGUUCCAGCCACGAAGGCUGCGUUUGUUUUGUGCUCUGGUAGGGCUGUACCACCUGGCACUCAGGUCUGUUUCACAAAGAGCUAUGACUUAGAGCAGUUUGUUCUCCCUCCCUUCCUCCUUGCCCUUAGUUGUCUGUGAAGUGCUACUUGCAGACCAGAAGGAUACUGACCAAAUGCUGCAUCAGAUAAAGAGCACUUUAAAUACAAACCCUAUACUUGUCUGUCUUAUUUGAAGAGUUUUACUAAAUUGCCAGGAGAAAUGAUGAUGUUUAAAAUCUACCAGGCUAAUUAAUAAUCUUUAUUUACAAAAAAGUUACCAUGUACCACAUAGAACAGUUACCAUGUACCGCUGUCAUGGUAGAUGUGUGUUCAUGGAUAUUUUUGAAUAUGUUGUUUCCUUUUUCCUGUAAUGUUUUAUUAGGUAAAAAGCAUUUUUGUAUUGUUACUUAAUGCACAAAGAAUACAGGGAAGGAAUUUUCUUUACAAUAGAAGUAUUAGAACACAAAUGAAUUAAUUUUACAAACAACUGAGUAAAGUCAUGCUACAGUGCAACUCAGAAGUCUAAACAGAAGCAGAGCAACUUUACAAAGAAUCAGCAGCAAAACUUUUGCCUUUCUCCUUGACUUUACAAAUAAGGAUCUGUAGUACAUGGCUGCAUUUACUGUGUGUGAACUAAAAGUGGUGCAAAAAUGCAUCUUCUCUCCCUGUCUGACUUAAGGAAUUAAAUAGGCUGACCUGGUUGCAGUGGAAAUGGGGUCACAACAACAUGAGAAGCAGAAUGAAUUCUCACUUCAAUUCAGUGAAUUCCAUUUAAUUCCAUUACUUAAGUAUCAGAUUAUAUCUUGCCAAAAAGAAAUGUAUUGUGGCAUGUUAUGAGCACCAUUAGAGUAUUGUCUUAUUAACUAAUGAGCAACUAACAAGACCACUGUUAAAGUUUCCUGAUGAGAUCUGCAGGUUGACACUGGAGCUCAAUUAAAGGAAGACCAGAAUGACUAAACUUUGCUAGAACUUUUAAUUCCUUACGUAUUUUUUAAGCUGAUUGAUCUCAGUGUUUCUAUAAAUGUAAAUGGUACUGAUGACUGUUGUGACAACUGAUACUAUUUUCUAAAACCUUUUUGAAAUUCCAGCAGUGGAAAUGGAAUGGCAUUUCCUGUUAAAUACAAGCUAUUUAAUCAGUAAUACUUAUGUGCUUUUUCAGGUGAUAUUUCAGUGACUCAUCUUGUUUUGUAUAAAAUCAGCUGACUUCAGUAGGGUCAGGAAGUUUUGCCAAGUAAAAUAUAAUACUUUAUUUUGCUGUCAAAA